AUGUCAAAAUCCAAGAACUCCAACUUCCUCCUCAAGACCCCGAAAGGAACCAAAGAUUGGGGAGGAAGCGAUAUGAUUAUCAGGGAGAAUUUGUUUACACUGUUGACGAAUAUUUUCAAAAAACAUGGUGGUGUCACUAUCGAUACACCAGUUUUCGAAUUGAGGGAAAUCCUCACUGGUAAAUAUGGUGAAGAUAGUAAACUUAUCUAUAAUUUGGAAGACCAAGGAGGUGAAUUGACUUCGUUAAGAUACGACUUGACUGUGCCAUUUGCUAGAUUUGUCGCUACAAACAACCUUACUGCAAUUAAACGGUACCACAUCGCCAAGGUUUACCGAAGAGACCAACCAGCAAUGACAAAAGGAAGAAUGAGAGAGUUUUACCAAUGUGACUUCGAUAUUGCUGGUACAUACGAUUUAAUGGUUCCAGAUUCAGAGAUUUUAAACAUUCUUUGUGAAGGGUUGGAUGACUUACAAAUCAAUGAUUAUAAAGUGAAAUUAAACCACAGAAAGAUAUUGGAUGGUAUUUUUGAAGCUUGUGGGGUUCCAGAACAAGAUAUUCGUAAAGUGUCAUCAGCAAUUGACAAGUUGGAUAAAUCACCAUGGGAAGCAGUUAAGAAGGAGAUUUUGGAAAAGGGUCAAAGUGAGGAAAUUGCUGACAAGAUAUGGACAUUUGUUCAACACAGUGGAUCAAUUCGUGAAGUUAUUGACAUUUUGAAACAAAGUAGAAUUGACAAUGCAACUGCGAAACAAGGUAUCCAAGAGAUGGAAGUGUUGGCUGAUUACGUUGAAGCGUUCAACAUCCAAGAUAAGCUCAAGUUUGAUUUGUCAUUGGCUAGAGGUUUGGAUUACUACACCGGCCUCAUUUAUGAAGCGGUUACUGCUGCUAGUGCACCACCAAAAAACGCAAAUGAAUUAAAAGCCAAGAGUAAAGAUGAAGAUGCAUCUGAAUAUGUUGGUGUCGGGUCAAUUGCUGCUGGUGGCCGUUAUGACAACUUGGUGGGAAUGUUUUCAAACAACAAGUCUAUUCCAUGUGUUGGUAUCUCCUUUGGUGUCGAGAGAUUAUUCUCCAUCAUAAAACAAAGAACCGACAUGUCAAAGCUCAAGUCGCAACACACUGAUGUCUAUGUCAUGGCCUUUGGUGGCGGUGAAGGAUGGAAUGGGUUUUUAAAGGAGAGAAUGCAUGUUGCCAACCAAUUGUGGAAAGCCGGUGUCAAUGCCGAAUUUUUGUACAAAGCCAAAGCCAACACUCGGAAACAAUUUGAUGGUGCAGAAAAAUCAGGUGCUCAACUCGCAGUCAUAUUAGGUAAAGAAGAGUACCCAGAGGGAAAAAUCAGAGUCAAGAAAUUGGGUCAAGGUGAAGAAAAUGAAGGUGAUGUUAUUCCGGUUGAUGAGAUGGUUUCAUUUGUAAAGUCAAAACUACAAGUUGAUGCUGUCACAGAAUCUUUUAAAAAUUUAUAG